UCCAAAUCCUCGCUGUCAUCAUUCCCACAAAACAUUCUACGCAUUACAUUUUGCAGCCGACGAACAGUCUACCUCCAUCCUGGCGGGUCCAGCACUUCGUGCGAGAUUUUAGAGAGCUCUCGAAAAUCUCUCACACGAAUCUAGCCCGUUGAGCGUCUUAUUCUCGAGUCAUAAGUUGUACAGCUUACUGCUCUGUCUCUACCUGUGAUGCGUUCGUUCAUGAACCAGACUAGGGCUAGUUCUUCUUUUCUCCUGUGUGCGCCACUGUACAACGAAUAUCCGUCAUUCUUGGACGUCCAAAGCCGCUUCGUCACGCGUUUUAACGAUCUCGUGAUUACAACCAUACGCUGUGCGAGCCUACACACAAGCCACCAAUCACCGGACAGACAUGUCGAACCUACUAGGUCCGCCCGCCUCGACGUUUUCGUCGCCGCCCUUCCAAAGCGCACCUUGGGAUUCCAUUUUCCCGCCCGAACCGGGAUGCACGAAUCCCCCCUCAGACGCGACCCUCGUCGCCUCGUCCCCGGCUCCAGAUUCCACCGUACCUUUCGCUCAGGGGACGCUGAACCCCUGCUCUUCCGUACCUUUGGCUGCUCCUUUUUCCGCGUCGUAUCAAGUCGACGUCGAGGCUGAAACGACGGGGCUCCCGCGCACUCUAGAUCCUUCCGGCGCGACCUUUCUGCCGGGUUUUAGUGUUCAGUUGGGCCCCGCUGCUGAUGAUCUCGUCCGCCAGCAGGCGGGAUCGGGUCAGGCCGGAGAUGGCACUGGAGCCGCCAUGGGAGUCGCCAUGGCAAGCACGGACCAGCCACGUCAGCCGGUACCCGCCAGUUCCGCGUGCCACGUCAGCAGCGCAGAUUCGGGGCUUGACUGGGACCUAGUGCAGUACCUCUUGGAGGACGGAGGGGAGGCGCAUGAGAAGGCCGAGACGGGCGAGACGGGCGAGACGGGCGAGACGGGCGAGACGGGCGAGACGGGCGAGACGGGCGAGACGGGUGAUGGGAGAGGGGGGAGGGGGAAGGGCGGCGGAGGGCAAGGGGGGGAGAGGGCCGAUACAAGGAUUGCUGGGGCUCAGGCGACCGGACCCCCUCCUCUGGGUCAACCCCACUUUCCGCCUCUCCCCUCCGCCUCCUCUCGUUUCUCCCCCCUGAUCUCUACUUCUGGGGGGGAGGGCGGGCCCGUCCUAACUUCUGACCUCCUUCCUGCUCCCCCUUCCGCUUCCCCCUGUCUCUCCUCCGCUUUGCCCGCCUUUGCCGGGGACGGCGGGCCUGUCUUCCUCCCCGCGUGCCCGGACGGCUGCGAUUGCGCGGGCUGCCAGCUGAUGCAUUCCCAUUGGUUCGAGCAAUUCUCCACCGCGCCAUGUUCGGGGGGAGGGAGGGAUGGCGGAUGGGAUGCGCGGAAAGGGGACGAGGCGGAGACAAGCGUUGCGGGUGGAGCAGCACAGAUGCCGCGGAUGGAUGGAAGAGGGGCGGAAGCAGAGGGGGGAUCAGAGGCGGGAACAGAGAUGCUUGUUAGCUUAGAGCGGCAAGAUAGAGGGCGGGGACAGGUGCUAAUAGGGGGAGAUUUGAGGGGAGGGGCAGAUGCGGGUGGAGGUAGCAACUCAACGCCGUGCAUGGGGCGGCGCAGUGGCAUGUUGGGAGGCGGCGCAACAGUGUCGAUAGCGCUGCCCUCCCUUGCGCCUUCUUUUCCGCCCUCCCACCCACCUGCCUUCACACCUUCCUCUGAGAUGUCCUUCCCCGGUCCGCAUCGCAAGAGACCCCUGCUGCUCGCUCCGCCCGUGACUGCCGCUACCACCGCACAGGGCGCUGCAACAACGGUUCCUGCUAAACUGACUGCUUCAGGAGCCGUUGGUCCUCCCAAGCCACUUACCAGAAAGGCGACCAGCAGCGCUUUGGCUGCUAGCGCUGCUGCCAGCCACGCUAGUGCCCUUGCUGGCACUCGCCGGCCAGCGGACAUGUCUGCCAGGCUGGCACAGCUGCUGGAGGAUAUCAAGUCUCCAUGCCGGGCGGCAGCAGGCCCCAUGUCAGCCACGAUCACAGCUGCGGUUGGCGCCGGCAGUGGGGCUUUGAUUCGCCGACCUGUUAUUCGCCAGGUGGCAGCACGGAAGAGGGCGAACCAACCUCCUACCAGGCUCAAAAGCACUUCCAGCAGCGAAGACAGCAAGAGUGGCAGCGGCAGUGGCAGCGGCAGUGGCAGUGGUAGUGGUAGUGGUGGCGCCUCUACCUCCCCUUCCUCCUCCCUUGCUCUCGUCACCACCCACUGCUACACCUCUCGACCUGCAGCUGCCGCCUUUGCCCCCAUUCUAGGCACACAAAGCCAAGCCCCCGGGUCGCUGAGCCACACGUGCCCGUCUAUCUCACCCCCCUCGGUGGCGGGAAGCAGACCUCUAGACCCUCUAUCCCACCCGUCGGCCCCACCCUAUCCCACGGUCUUCCCUCACUUCAAUCUUGCCUGGGCGCCCUCUCUGACUUCCCCGCCCUCUCCUCACUCCCCCCCUUUCCACUUCGGACUUAACUCUUACCCUCACCCCCACCCAAGCCAGAGUAACUUUUUCCAUGCAGCCCCGAACGGUGUUUCCCAGUGGCCUGACCAAUACCAGCCGAGCCAGCACUUUCUGCUGCCCGCAAACUCUCCUGCCACGUGGCAGGAUGGUACUGGCUGGCCAGUGCAGUCAAGCAGGGCGGCAUCACCUCCCAGCGCAGGUUCCAGGAAGCGGAGAGCGGGCUCCAGACAGGCUGAUGACGCCAGCAUGGUUGGGGGGAGGUGCGAGGGACAAGAGAAGGGGGGAGCAGCGGAGAUGGGGAGGUUAGGGCAGGAAGUGCAGCAGAGGCAAGGGGGAGCCGUGGGGAUGAUUGGUGCAGAUUCAGACAUGCGUAGAGGGGAGGCAGGGGCCGUGGGCGGAGCAGCACAAGGGGCAGCACAAGGGGCAGGGGAAAGGGCAGGGGCAGGUUUGCUGCCGUGUUCUGGGCUGGAUGAUGGUAUGCUGGGGGGGAUGGGGCUAGAUGCAUCGGCGCUUGGGCGAAUGGGGGUGAGCCCUGGUAUGCUGGCAGGGAUGGGGGUGGAUGCAGGCGUGCUGAGGGGUAUGGGGGUGGACAUGGGCGUGCUCCAGCGGAUGGGUGUGGAUGAGGGGGCGCUGCAGGGCAUGGGGUUCAGCCCUGACUUGCUGCAGCACCUCGGCCUAGGAGGUGCUGCUAGUGUUAGUUGUGGCGGUGCUGGAAGUGCUGGUGGUGGUGGUAGUGGUGGUGAUUCUGCUAGUGCUGCUGCUGCGUGCACCACCGAUGCUGUUGGUGGGGCUGGUAGCAAUGGGGAGUGGAGGGAGGAGGAGGAGGAGGAGGUGGAGAAGGAGGAGGAGGAGGAGGAGAGGAGUGGGAGGGAAGGGGAGGGUGAAAUGCCGAUGGCAGUGGUGCGGCAAAGGCUGGAGGAAUUGGCAGAGGCGAUGGCAGCACAGGACGAGCCCCUAUCGCGCCGUCUGCUGGCGCACCUGCGCCCAGUGAUCAACGAAAAGGGCACUGCAGCGCAGAGGGUAGCCGCGCACUUCACCCAGGCCCUGCUAGCCCGACAGGCAGGCUGCGGCGCGGAGCAGUACAACCGCGGGCUGAACGCGUCAGCGCAGGAGAUAGCAUCGGCCAUGGAGCGGUGCUUCUCGGCGCUGCCGUAUCUCGACUUCUGCCACAUCUCCGCCAUGAGACCGCUGCUCGCUGCAGUGCACGGCAGCCGUCGGAUCCACAUCAUCGUGUUUGGGUUCUGGAUGGGGCGGUACUGGCUGGAGCUGCUGCAGGCCCUAGCUGCUUUCCCCAGUGGGCCGCCCUCUCUCAGAAUAACCGGCGUUGACAUCACAUGCCGCAACGAGCUCACCGACUCCAAGUCCUCCGCUGCCUUCUCUGGCCGCCUGCUCUCCCGCGCUGCAGCGGCCCUCGCCAUCCCCUUCCGCUUCAAAGCUGUGGUGCUCCCGGUGGGCCCCGCCGCUGCUGCCACACCGCUGCCAGGGAGGGCUGGGGGGGGCGGAGGGGGAAGCGGAGGGGGGAGCGUAGGGGGGAUUGGGGGAGGGUUUGGGGGAGGGAUUGGGGGAGGGUUUGGGGGAGGGUUUGGAGGGGUUUCUGUGGGCGGGGGAGGGGGUUUUGGGGGGGCGAUGGGGAUGCGGUCGGUGGUGGCAGCGUUGGAGGAGGAGGUUGAGGUGGAGGAGGGCGAGGCGACGGUGGUGCAGUGCAACAUGAGCCUUCUAUUCCUGGCCGAUGACUCUGUGCUGCGGUCGAACCCGAGGGAUGCGCUGCUGAGGUGGAUCCGCUCCCUCUCCCCUCUAGCCACUGUCAUUGUUGAGAUCGACGCGCCACUCAACUCGCCCUUCUUCCUGCCACGCUUCCACGCCACCCUCCGCGUCUUUUCCUCCAUAUUUUCCUCUCUCGACGCCGCCCUCCCCCGGGACAGCCCCCACCGCCACACGUGCGAGCGCCUCUACUUCGCCCGGGACAUUGUGAAUGCUGUUGCUUGUGAGGGGAUUCAGAGGACGGUUCGGGCCGAGAGCCUGGAGCAGUGGCAGGCUCGGAUGCACCGAGCCGGGUUUGUAGGUUUGGAAGUGGAGGAGGAUGUGAUGGAGGAGCUUAGGGGGGUGGUGAGGAAGGGAGGGAGGAAGUAUCGGGGGUUUGAGGUGUUGCCGCAAGGGAACGGAGUAAAGUUGCUGUGGGAAGGUGUCCCAGUAUUGGCUGCUUCAAUGUGGGUGUAACUGGUGUGUUUUGUGCUGUUGACCCUUGGUGUGCUGACGACCGAAACAGGAGGAUUGAAGGAGCAUGCAAAUGCAUCAUGGGUGGAUGGAUGGCGUUAUGGCCUCAAACCCUCAACCUAUUUGGCCUCGCUUUCUGGUCUGAGCUUACCACUAUGCAGUGCAAUAUGUAGAACAUGGCUUGGCUCACAUUUGGCACCAGCUUUACGUAUUGGCUUCCUUAUGGCCCUCGCGUCUAAAUUGAGGAUCCAGACCAGGCCCUCAGAUUGGUUUUAAGUCAUCCUGAUUGCAAAGGACUACCCGUCAGGCCUGUCGUUAUCAGGGUAUUUUACCCUGAUUCCCUGAUUUCACAGGGUAUUUUUUUGCCAACCCUUAAUUUUCAGGGUUGGAUUUUUCUUAACCCUAGCCCCUUCAGGGUUGUAUA